AUGAAUAAAUAUCUGAAGGCUUCACGCGAUCUGCAAGCUUGUUACGCGGAGCUAGCCAGUGCCUUUCAUCUCGGAUUCCUUAUGGAGAAGGAAAAGGAUGAAAACUCCAGCAUCAGUUCAGAGAAGCGUAAGGAUGAUUGGUGUGAUAUUCUGCGAGAAAUUGAUGAAUUGUGGUUUCAUCUUUUGAGGAGUGGAGACAGGGAUAAACUGAAGACAGAUGCCAUUUGCAAUUUCGAUUUCUUGCAGUGUGCCGUCAGCAGUGCCUCUGUUAGUUAUGUCAGAAGUAUCCUAGAGCUUGUUAAAUGUCAUAUUCUAGAUUGGGAAACAGAACUUCUUUCUGCUGUGACGAAGCAAGCUGUUGAUAUUCUAAGUCAAGACCCCACGCAGCUUGCGACAGAACUUCUCAACUGGCUGAAGCCUUUUGCAGUUAUGUAUCUAGCUUCUGAAGUGAUGAGAGAAUCUCAGAGUCACUUACUAAACAGUCGCCGUUACCUCAGGGAGCUAGGAGUGUCUCAGUCUUUGGACAGUGACUGUGCCUCCCUCCUUAAAAUACAGCAGCUGAUGCUGGGGGAAGAUGAGAAGCUGAGACACACGCCUAUCAUUGUCUGCGGAAGGGAUGGCAGCGGCAAAUCAACACUCCUCGCACAGGUUAUAACAUACUGCACAGAAUGGCUGGGAGGCGAUGUUGUUCGGAUCGUCCGUCAUGUCGGUCAGAGUCCUUGUUCGACGUACACAUCAGAGCUACUACGCAAUCUUUGCCUCCACAUCAGUCUGGCCUUCGAUUUUAGCCCCAAAUGUAACAAUUUUGAACUGGGCGAGCUCAGCAUUUGGUUUCAGGACUUGUUGAAGAUGGCGGAAUCUACGCCAACUGAUCUCGUCAUCGUACUCGAUGACCUUCAUGAGUUGCGUUCCCACGUCACCAACCAAUCUGCCAUUUUAGGAUGGCUUCCAUGGAACCUGCCUCAGAACGUGCAUGUAAUUUGUUCCAUCAGCGAAGAUGCAGAAGCAAUGCUCAGGCUUCUCAGAUCGAGAGCAUCGUCAGGUGACAACUUCGUGCAUGUGCCGUCCUUGGGGCCGUCUGCUGCCUUCAGCAUGUUACAAUCCAACUUGCGGGACAGAAAACGGACUCUUAGCCCCGCUCAGCUGGUCGUAGUAAAGGAGAAACUCAGCUCAUCAGAACCGCCUUGUCCUCUUUAUGUGAAAUUGCUGUCCAGAGUCGUCGGGAAAUGGCAUUCGUGGACGAACGUUUCACCAGAGUCUGUGCCUGGGACACUCGAAGAAGUGGUUGACUACAUUUUGUCUGAUCUUAAAGAAAGGUGUGGAUUCCGAACGCUGCGCAAGGUGGCUACAUUCCUAGCCUGUACCACUUUCGGACUACGAGAGAAUGAGCUUAUUGAAUUGCUAGCUUCCACAGUAGAUGCCUCUGAUGAUACCCGCCACGCGAUCCGGCCGAGCACCUGGUUCGCCACGGUCAAGGAAAUGAAACCCUUAUUGAAAGAAUACUAUGUGGACCGUCGCCCAUACCUUCACUGGAGUCACAAGACUAUUGCUAAAUACAUCAUGAAUAAAUAUCUGAAGGCUUCACGCGAUCUGCAAGCUUGUUACGCGGAGCUAGCCAGUGCCUUUCAUCUCGGAUUCCUUAUGGAGAAGGAAAAGUUCUCAAAAAUGCUUUUCUCCACCAAACAGGAUGAAAACUCCAGCAUCAGUUCAGAGAAGCGUAAGGAUGAUUGGUGUGAUAUUCUGCGAGAAAUUGAUGAAUUGUGGUUUCAUCUUUUGAGGAGUGGAGACAGGGAUAAACUGAAGACAGAUGCCAUUUGCAAUUUCGAUUUCUUGCAGUGUGCCGUCAGCAGUGCCUCUGUUAGUUAUGUCAGAAGUAUCCUAGAGCUUGUUAAAUGUCAUAUUCUAGAUUGGGAAACAGAACUUCUUUCUGCUGUGACGAAGCAAGCUGUUGAUAUUCUAAGUCAAGACCCCACGCAGCUUGCGACAGAACUUCUCAACUGGCUGAAGCCUUUUGCAGAAUUCCCAGGUGCCUCUUGUAUCAAGAACUUGAUUACUAACGCCCUGAAGUUGUGCAACAAGUGUACGCAACCUCGCCUGGUGCCGACGAAUUCUUGGCUCACUCUCAGUCUUCCUCCUCAGGUGACGGCCAUGACGGUGCCUCACACCAUCCUCAGCAUGGUUACCACACCAGACAGCCAGUAUGUAGCUUGCGCGUCUGACCUCAAAGAAAUCAAUUUGUUCCACUUGCCUUCCAAGAACCACGUUCGAACGUUCAAAGGUCACAAAGAUACUAUUACUUGUCUUCACGUGACUGCGUCUGGCCAAUGGCUGAUAAGUGGAUCUGAAGACACCGACGUGAUCGUCUGGCAACUGGACACCGGUCAGAUUAAGCAUCGAAUGAGCAACCAUAUAACGGGGGUGCUAUGCGUCACCUCCACCCACUCCGAAGCAUUGGUCCUGAGUGGAUCUGAGAUUGGUGCCGUUGUGGUAGCCAGUCUUGAGACUGGCUUGAUGCUUCAGAAACUGGAGAAACAUCGAGGACUCAUCAGCAGUGUUGCCGUCAACAGUGGGGAUGACAUCUUUGCGACUGGAUCCAGCGAUCGGACCGUGUGCGUAUGGAGCCUAGAAAACUUCAGUCUUCUCAACACCAUCCUCCUGCCUUCUGGCAUCUGUCGGAUGGACAUCAGUCUGGAUAGCACCUUCUUGGUUCUUGCCUGUGAAGACACGUCUGUUCACGUUCGAUCGCUCACCACAGGCACUGAGGUCCACCCUCUGCAAGGGCUGGGCUCGAAAGCGAGCGCCCUCUGCUUUGGACACGACCACUGCCGUUGCGUGGUGGCGUGUGAAGAUGGACGAUACCACGUAUUUGACGUGCAUUCGGCGUCACUGUUGCACACCCUUUCUGGACACUCAGAUGCCAUAUGCAGUGUACAGGUCCAACCGAAUGAUACGUUUUUAGUAACAGCUGGUGGCAAUAAAGUGAUGGUGUGGAAUUUCACUAGACCUAAGCGAGAAGCAAUCAACCACCUAAAACCCAAAGUGAAGAGAGUAGACAGUCAUCGAGAACCAAUUUCUUGUCUAGCUGUCUCUAAAGACGGUACGCUUGCAGUCUCAGGAUCCAAAGACAAUCUUUUGAAAAUGUGGAAUCUGGCAACUGGAGAAGUGAGCCAGACUUUGUCUGGCCACACUGCACCAGUCACCUGCGUCAUGUUCGCACCCAGUGGUCUUUUUAUAGUUUCUGGCUCUGAAGACACCACGCUUCGUGUAUUCGGUCUACCCCUUGGACUAGCUGAAGUCACAUUCAAAGAACACCAGAGCAAAGUUCUGAGUGUGGAUAUUGGUGCGGAUAGCCGUCGCGUUCUUUCAUGCGACUCCCAGGGCUACCACAGACUGUGGACAGCCGACGCUGGCAGCCAAAUCUACGCCUACAUCAAACCCACGUGCCUGGUCACUCUCAGCGGCAACACUGUGUUUGCAGUCACAGGCAAGAACGACAAUGUACUUAAGUUCUGGCCACUGAUGGACGUUGAAGGUGAGAAGAGUGUCAGUCACAGUGACACUAUCCUCUGCUACACAGUCACUCACGAUUGUGCUACAGUUAUUACUGGAUCCAAUGACAUGUCGCUGAAAGUUUGGGAAGUAGCCACUGGAAAACUUACGCAGGUGCUAGCUGGUCACGAGGGCUCCGUUACUUGUGUUUGCGUCGCAUCCCUGAGUCCUUCACUUGUUGCAUCAGGAUCUUCAGAUUGUUCCUUGAUCCUCUGGGAUAUGCUGACUGGGAGUGACAACUUGACUCUGCGUGGUCACACCGACACGGUCAAGUGUGUAUCGCUCACGCCUGAUGGGGUCACUCUGAUUUCCGGUUCCACAGACAACACCAUCCAACUCUGGAAUGCCCAGACAGGAGAACGCAUUAGUAUGCUAGAUUUACAUGCACAGUUGGUGUCCAUGGCAACCAGUUUCAACCUGAAUCACGUUGUUGUCCGAUUGGCCAAGAGUUCUUCUGUUCCGAUUUUGCGACAUCACAACAAUCCAGCCAAAGGAAUCACCCUGGACAUGCUUCCUGGACAACAGGAAGAUCUUAAGAUUUUUAAACACAGUCCUGUUGGUGUACUUCCAAAAAGAGUUCUCCUUCGAGGAAACCUCAAGCGAGAACAAUCGUUUGAUUCUUUGUACUGGGAUUUGAAAUCCGGUUCUCCGAAACAUGACUUUGCAAACCUUGACGAUCUGAAAAGACCACCUGUUCCAUUUUCUGCGCCGGGAGUGUGGGAUGGAACUAAAACGAAAUCCCUUGGUGGUGGACUCAUACGUCCUUCAGAUCCUCUUAGUAUGCAGCCGAAGCCAAAACUAGCCAAGCACAAACUCCUUAAAAAACAGCAGAGCAUGUUUGCUUUUUUCCCCGAUCACCAUCAGCAGCAACCUCUUCUUGCUGCAAGGGACAUGGAAGCAAGGAAAGCGGAUCUUCUGGCGAAAAUUCAAACUGCGAAUCGCCAACUUCUGGAUUCUCCAGCUGAGAAUCCGUCAGAAAAUGGUCACAUUCCGAAAGGUCCUGAUGUCAAAGAUUCAACUGUUUGUGCCAUCGCUUAAAGUUCAUUCACC